GGGGUCACAGCAUACCACGCAGGGCCACAUAGGAAGCACAGGGUCCUUCAGGAGGCAGAGCGGGAGGGGGAACUGUGGGCUGGAGCCUUUUUUGUGGUUUCUGUGGGAAGGAGUGGACAAAGCAGGGGAAGCAGAGUCAGGAUUGGUGGGUUUGAAUAAUUUCAGUGGGCUCUCAGCUUGGGGGCUGUUUCUAGUUGUCUAGUAGUUUGGCCAUGGGGUGAUAUGCAGGUGGGUAGUGGCUGGGAGUGUGAGAGCCACAUCGAGGAGGUGAUAGGUGUGUGGGCUCUGGAUUGGUUGGUUUGCAUUUGAAGAGGGCCCUCUUGGGUGAGUUGUUUUCCAUCUAUUGGAAUUAGUAACCUUGGGAGGAUGGCACCAAGCUAUCCACCCCCAUGAUCCAAAAGCUUCCUACUGGGCCCCACUUUCAAUACCUGAGAUCACAUUUCAACAUGAGAUUUGGAGGGGACAAACAUCCAAACUGUAUCAAUAAUCUUGUCAAAAUGAAAAUAUAUUCCAGUCACUGGAUUUUCUAGUAUUGUAUGAAGAUGAGGCUGGUUGUAUGAUUAGGAGGUUUGAAACUCUAUAAACUCCUUAAAUAGAAAGUUAAGAUUUUAUUUAUCAUCUCUUUUUUUUUUUUUUUUUUAAGACAGUCUCACUCUGUCACCCAGGCUGGAGUGCAGUGCCACAAUUUUGGCUCACUGCAAUCUCUGCCUCCUGGGUUCAAGUGAUUCUCCUGCUGCCUCCUCCUGAGUAGCUGGGAUUACAGGCCUGUGCCACCACGCCUGACUAAAUUUUUUUUUGUAUUUUUAGUCAAGAUGGGGUUUCACCAUGUUAGCCAGGCUGGUUUCGAACUCCUGACCUCAAGUGAUCCACCCACCUUGGCCUUCCAAAGUGCUGGGAUUAUAGGCUUGAGCCACUGAGCCCAGCGUAUCAUCUCCUUUUUGAGGAGGGGGGUGAGAGAGGCGUGAAAGGGAUGCCUAGGAUGUUGGAGAAGGCUUUCCUGAAGUGUCUGGUGAUCCUUGACUCUUAUUUAAGUCUGAGGCACUAAAAGCUGGUGCACUCUGGGUGCUUGGGGAGAUUUUGACAGGUGUUACUGCCUGGCUGGCAGUUUCAACAGGGGAAAGCCUCCCUCCCCAGUGUUCAUAUUUGUAGAUCUUUUCUCUUCAAACAUUCCCCAGGAAGGAAUGCUCCAGUGUUUUUGGAUGGGAGUAAAAGCCAGGCUGCCUGUGUUCUAGGAGCCAAGUGGAACAAGAGGUCAGGGAGCUGUCUCACCAGUCAUUGUAGACUUUGAUUUAAUAUUCCUGUUUCCAGUACAUUUCCUCCCCCUACCUUUAGCUAUGCCUAGAGUCCCAAGUUCAAAUUCUUUAAUUUACCUUUCUUUUCCAGAGAGUAAAACGUCCUGGGUUGGGUGGAGGAAGACAGCCCAGGAAGGGAGAAGGCAUUCUUAAAAGGAGUUUUAAAAGCCACCCCUCCUGUUUUAUCUCCCCUCAAUUCCCGUUUCUCACUUACCUGGUGCCUCCUACUCCUGAGCCUUUUGUAGGGAGGGAGAAGGUUCUGUGGCUCAGGUGGGCUUACUUGCUUGGGAUGGUAAAUGGGGACAUUCACCUGCUGCCCCCAGUUAGCAGCCUAGGUGUACCAAAAUGCCAGAGGUUUGUCUAGGUCCAGUUGUGUGCCUCACAGAAAGCCAAUCACUGAGACAAUGAGUGUUGCCAGGGAAGAAAGCUUUGAUUGGGUGCUAUAGUUCAGGAGAUGGAGAUAAGCCUCAAAUCCAUCCUCCUGACCUACUAAAAUUAGGGGUUUAUAUAGCAGGAAGAAAGGUAACUAUAUGUGAGAAAACAGGAAUUAGGGAGAGAUAAGAAGAGGAGUUGGUCAACAGGAAACAGGUGGUCUUAAGCAGUCAUGAUGGGUGAGGAGUCUGACUUCUCAUGGUCCAGAUGAGAUGAUCUAAUUGUGAGCCAUGCCUUUAGUGAAGAGGAACAUUGAGCCCCGGCACUUGUGCCGGGGAGCUCUGCCUGAAGGGAUUACCAGCGAACUUGAAUGUGUAACCAAUAGUACUCUUGCCGCUAUCAUACGCCAGCUGAGCAGUCUGAGCAAACAUGCUGAAGACAUAUUUGGUGAGUUGUUUAAUGAGGCUAACAACUUCUACAUCAGAGCAAAUUCUCUUCAAGACAGAAUUGAUCGCCUUGCUGUCAAAGUCACCCAGCUGGAUUCAACAGUGGAAGAGGUCUCACUACAGGAUAUCAACAUGAAAAAAGCUUUCAAAAGUUCCACAGUCCAAGACCAGCAGGUGGUUUCAAAGAACAGCAUUCCCAAUCCUGUUGCUGAUAUUUACAACCAGAGUGAUAAGCCACCGCCUCUGAACAUCCUGACACCAUACAGAGAUGACAAGAAGGAUGGGCUGAAGUUCUAUACUGAUCCUUCCUAUUUCUUUGACCUCUGGAAAGAAAAAAUGCUACAGGACACAGAAGACAAAAGGAAAGAGAAAAGGCGUCAAAAGGAGCAAAAGCGUAUAGAUGGCACCACCCGUGAGGUGAAAAAGGUUAGAAAAGCCAGAAACAGGCGCCAGGAGUGGAAUAUGAUGGCAUAUGACAAAGAGCUUAGACCCGACAACAGGUUGUCUCAGAGUGUGUACCACGGAGCGUCUUCCGAGGGAUCCCUGUCCCCAGAUACUAGGUCACAUGCGUCGGAUGUUACAGAUUACUCUUACCCGGCUACUCCCAACCAUUCUCUGCACCCCCAGCCUGUGACCCCUUCCUAUGCAGCUGGUGACGUGCCACCACACGGGCCUGCAAGCCAGGCUGCGGAGCAUGAGUACCGGCCGCCAUCUGCCUCGGCGAGGCACAUGGCCCUCAACAGACCUCAGCAGCCGCCGCCCCCGCCUCCCCCUCAGGCCCCAGAGGGGUCCCAGGCCUCUGCACCGAUGGCUCCAGCAGACUACGGGAUGCUCCCAGCACAGAUAAUUGAGUAUUACAACCCAUCCGGACCACCUCCUCCGCCACCUCCUCCUGUGAUUCCCUCAGCACAAACUGCCUUCGUCAGCCCUCUCCAGAUGCCCAUGCAGCCCCCAUUCCCUGCAUCAGCCGGCUCCACGCACGCAGCUCCUCCUCACCCACCCUCCACCGGGCUCCUGGUCACAGCCCCGCCACCCCCGGGCCCACCACCUCCCCCACCAGGCCCUCCUGGUCCUGGGUCUUCUCUUUCGUCCUCCCCAAUGCAUGGCCCCCCAGUAGCUGAGGCGAAGCGGCAAGAGCCUGCACAGCCACCAAUCAGUGAUGCUCGAAGCGACCUCCUCGCUGCUAUUCGAAUGGGAAUUCAACUGAAAAAAGUGCAGGAGCAGCGGGAGCAGGAGGCCAAGCGGGAGCCGGUGGGGAAUGACGUGGCCACGAUCCUGUCCCGGCGCAUUGCCGUGGAGUACAGCGACUCUGACGACGACUCAGAGUUCGACGAGAACGACUGGUCCGACUGAGCAGAGGCUGGCGGAGAGGCCGCGCGUGGGAGCGUGUUGAAGAUUUUAAGUGGUCUCUACACCCAAAUAGUGGUAUUCUAAUCCCGUAGCAUAGCACCUUUUGUAUAAAUAAUGUGAUAUUGCUUCUGCACAUCCAAAAAUUCUGGGUCUUUUCAGUAUUUACUGUGUAAUACUUAAGUGCCACUCAACAUAGCAAAUCGUGCUGCACAUGAGGAAAUAGGCUGUCACUAUCACAUUGUCCUGAAAACAGCAUCUGCUUUCCUCUUGGCCGUGAGAGUAUUUAGUGCAGUUUGGGUUUACUCUUACUGAUCAAUAUAACUCUGCAGACUUGCUGUGUGUUUGUGAAGCUGCCUGGUGUUAGGUCUCUGCAAGACUAAUGACUAUGUCAGAGUGAUGUCUUCCAACCAGUAAGUGAUAUUGUUUCACCGCUUCGGUUUUUCCUCUUGUUUUUUUAAAGGAUGUGUUUCUGAAGAAGUUGGUUUUAGAGGGAAAGGUUCAACACAUAGGGAGAAUCCAGUGUUUCUGCUUUCAGUUUCUUGGCUUGGUAGCCUCUGAGUGAAUCUGAAUGCUCUGCUGAAUAAUUUCAUUGCCUCUGCACACGCCUGUCAAAUAUGAAAUUGGAAGGGCCCUUGUCAGGCUGGGUUCGCUGUGGGCAUUUGCUUAGUAAAUGCCUGUUGAUGGUUUUGCAAGAGAGUUCAGCAGCUCAACAGUAAUGAAAGUGAAGAACAGAGUCCUUUUUCCUUCCUGGGGCCAUUGGGGAUGACACUCAAGGUAUCUGCCAGCCUCUCCAGUGUGGGCAUCAGCCGGCCAGAGCAGAUGCGAGUAGUCCAUGACUCUAGGAGCUACACCGCUGAGCUGGGCAGAGCUGCGGCACAGGGCCUGGGCUGCAAAGGAGCCCCGCUCCUUUAAUUUCCUGACAGCUGUGUCCUGAGUGAGCCGCAGGAGUUCUUAGCUCCUCAGCGAGCAACAGAGAGCGCUUUAGAUGGCACCUUUCGCCACUUGGUCAGAAUUUUAAAAGCUUACGUUUAGGUGAAAGUAGAUAUUGACAGCUAUUCACCUUUCACGGUGCUGGGGCCAGAUUAGGGAUCACUCCCAUGAGGAGGGCCUUCACCCUGUCGUAGAAGCACACGGUUCUCCUCUCUCCUGUUGUUGGCACAUUAAAUGAUAAAAAGCACCUCAUGAGACUCCCUUGAUCAGCCCUGCAGCUGUAGCACAGCGCUGUGCCCUCACCUCCGCACUUCCUGUUGUUCCCACGUGGCAGUACCAGGGACCCAUGGGGAAACUCAAAAAUGAGAGCUUCUAUAUUUUGUAAUUCUAGAUGAAAGAUAACUGUGUUGAACAAACAGGUGCUCCAGACUUUGAUUAUAGAUAUGACUUCAAAACUAUGCUGAGACGCUUAACUUACUAAGGACUUUAACCUACUCAACAGUAUUUCAUAUCCAUUGUGGUUAGUUACUCAGUUAUGAUGAGAAGAAUCUGGAGCUAAAAGCAGAGAUGUUUGAGGUGACGGUAGGAAUGUGAGCAGGAUGGUGAUGGGGGUUUUUGUUAAUGCAUCUGAGCAAGUCAGCCAGCCCCGAAGUCCCCUCAGUGUGUGUGUCUCGAGUAGAUACCUGUUGGGCUUGCGGGCAGUGAUUGUACAGAGCCUGUCCAUUGGGUUCAGUCAUGUAGAUUUGAAGCCCUGAAAAGCCUCAUGUCUGCAUCCCCUUUCCAAGGCUGCUUCCCUGGCGUGUCUGUUCUCUCCUCUGUCCCAGGUGCUGGGAGCAUCCUCUUCAGCGUCUCUUCCUAGAGCUGGUCAUGACUAGCCUGUCACUAUAAAUUCCUUGAAUAUAAGUAACAGUUAUUAAUGAACUUCUAAAUUUCUAAUUUCUCUCUCUUUUUUUUUUUUUGUUGUUGUUGUUAAAAAGGGCCUACUACAUUGGCAUUAUUCUUAGGACUUCUGCAACUUUUAAAGUCUUUCUUGUCUUUCUUGUUGCUUUUGUAUUAGGAGUUCCCCAUGUGGGUCUAGAACUCCCAUUUGGUAAUGCUUCCUUGGUUUUUAUGGCCCUUCUGUUCUCAGGAUGGAGAGAACACAGAAGCUACUAUCCAUGUCAGGAUUUAUUCUAUUUAUAUCUUAUUACAAUAAAAUUAGUGGCACUUUAUUCAUAAAUAUUCAUGAGCCUGUUCAUUGUUAGUUGUCUUCCUGUAGUUGAAUCAAUAAGUUAUUUUCAACUCAAUUUUAUGACUUGUGAAAAAGCUUUUGCCCUGUUGUGUACCAUAACCUUUAAAAGAAUGGAAAAUGACUGAAAUCCAAUUUAGAUUAUUUUUAGAGUAUUUUUCCAGCAAAUUCAACUUAUUCUGAAAUUUAAAUCCAGAUCUUUUCUAAUAUGGUAUUACAAUGAAAAGAAUAAAGAGAAGAUUUGAAUUUUCAGUUUCAUUUUCAAAAACUAUUUACCAAAACAAAUGGAGAAGAAACAUUCAAAAGCACAUUUCAUUUCUACAAACUUUGUGUUUUAAAUUACAGUUAUAAAUUGUAAGGUAAUUUUAAAUUGUCCCUCGUAUUAUUUCUCCAUGUCUAUUUUAGUUUAAUGUCUCCUAAGCUUUUCUCUCAUAGCGUAGACCUAGGGAAGGGAUGGGAAGAUUGCCCAGUCCCCGAUGGCUGCGCACACAGGAGGCGGUGGAGCACAAGGCAAGUGAGUUUGCACUGUCAGCCCCAGACCGUAAGCUUGGCUACACUGAUGUUUUUCUUUACUAAGGAUACUAUUCAAAAAUUAACAUUUUCAUCUCAGUAAAUUUUUAGAACAUCAAAAUGUUUUCUGAGCUCCAAGUGGCUAGGUUAUAAAAGUUUUAUAAUAAUUUGCAAUUAAAAUACAUGAUACAUUUUAAUCCAUUAAAGACUAGUGGGAAUGUAUCAGCCAGAGUAGCAAGUAAUUUUUGUUUUAUAAAUCAUAGUAUCUGUCAUCUUGCAGUAUUACCAAUGCUGUUGUAAAUUGAAUUUAAAGUGGUAUUAAAAAAAACUGUUAAACAAUUUUUAUGUUUGUAUAUCUUACUAUAGAUUAUGUACAAGUAACAGCUAAAUAAAAUUACACUUUUAACCCUAA